AUGUCGAGCUCGCAAUUACCCUGCAGCGACCCCUAUAUGUACCCUGGAUCACGGUGUGCCCCCGAGAUCGUGUCGCUGGAAGUAGGGAGUGGUAGCGAUACCGAAGUGCUCGAAGCGCCUCUAAGGUACCUGCGCCUUAUAUCAUACUACUUCAAUGAUCAUCUACAUGGAACAUCAGAGUUCUUCAUCGUUCCCAAUAGCUCGCCCUUUCUCUUCCGCAUCUUUCUGAAAUUCCUCAAAACCGGUAACCUCUAUCGUCUGGACUCAGAUGAGACGAUGGACCGACGUUUCUCUUUCGGCACACUGAUCGACAUUUUUGAAUUCGCAAAAGACUUUGAGAUCGAUGCACUGCGCAACGCAGCCCUGAACGAGUUCUUCCUCCGCAUUGUCGACAAUCCAGAUCGAAUGCCGUAUAAGUAUAUCUCAGACAUAUACGAGGCCACCAGCUCGGACUCAUCUCUUCGAAGUCUCAUCGUCGAUGUCAUCGUGUACAUUGGAACGAAGCAGGAAAUGAAAGAAUGGAAGGACGACCUCCCAAAAGAAUUCAUGAUGAACUGCUUGACUGCCGCAAACGAGGAUGAGAUUGUGCCGUUCUCGGGAGACCGGUCCGAAGUCGAAGUCAUGGAAUGGCUGAACGAGAUGAAAGGGAAGCUGUGUAACUUGUUCCAUGUUCACGAUCUCGGGCCGGAGCCGGAAUCGCGACAGAUGAGACCUUUCGUAAAGAACAGGAAAUCAAGGUUGGGGAAAAGGGCGAGAAGGAGGCAGGAGGAGGAGACAGCUCGUGAAGAUUCAGAUGAAGAGGGAGAGAUGGACCCAGAGAGACAAAAGUUGGCUGAUGAUGACGCUGCCGAGAGAAUGAGGUAUCUGAUGGAACCUUUGCCUGCCAGGGCAAGGUAUUAG